UUUAACAAGUUACCUUCAUAAAAAAAUGUCAAAUCGGUUCCACCCCUUGAUCUGCACUAUAAAUAAGAGAGCAGUUCAUUGAAGAUUUAAGUUAAAUUGUGAAGACACUGGCUGGUGUAAGAGAAUUGAUUUUAUGAUCAUAUAUCCAAACCCAAAAAAAAACCCUUCUCUCUGAGAGGUAAGAAAGUGAAAAGGAGAGAUGGCAAGCUCACAGCAGGAACUGCAAGCGUGUGAGAUUGCUCCAGAAUCACGGGGAAACAGCAAUCGUAUAGCAGCUCUUAACUUGGUUGGCCAGUCCCCACCUUGCAUUGAUGAUUAUGACCAACAGAAACCCGGAUGGAGAAAGUUCCUACCCUACGUCGGACCCGGUUUUCUUGUUUCAUUAGCUUAUCUUGAUCCUGGAAACUUGGAAACAGAUUUGCAAGCAGGAGCCAACCAUGGAUACGAGCUGUUAUGGGUGAUCCUUAUUGGUUUGAUCUUCGCUCUCAUAAUCCAAUCCCUUGCUGCAAAUCUUGGUGUGAGCACCGGCAGACACCUAGCUGAGUUGUGCAAGGCUGAAUAUCCAAAGUACGUGAGAUGGAGCCUGUGGUUGCUAGCAGAGGUAGCUGUCAUAGCUGCUGAUAUACCUGAAGUCAUUGGAACAGCCUUUGCGUUAAACAUACUAUUCCACAUCCCCAUAUGGGCAGGAGUUCUCAUGACUGGUCUUAGCACUCUCCUGCUUCUUGGUCUCCAAAAAUAUGGGAUCAGGAAACUGGAGCUGCUGAUAUCAGUGCUGGUGUUUACAAUGGCAGCAUGUUUCUUUGGUGAACUUAGUUAUGUAAAGCCUCCAGCAUCUGGUGUGCUUAAAGGCAUGUUUAUCCCUAAACUGUCAGGCCAAGGAGCCACUGGCGAUGCCAUUGCUCUACUCGGUGCCCUUGUCAUGCCGCACAACCUCUUUCUUCAUUCUGCUCUUGUGCUUUCUAGGAAAGUGCCCAAUUCCGUUCGUGGCAUCAAUGAUGCAUGUCGAUAUUUCCUGAUAGAAAGCGGAUUUGCACUAUUUGUAGCAUUUUUAAUCAAUGUAUCGAUUGUCUCUGUAUCGGGUACUGUUUGCUUGGCCAAGAAUCUCUCGCCUGAAAAUGCUGAUCAGUGCGGUGAUCUCACCCUCAAGGGUGCUUCUUUCUUACUCAAGAAUGUGCUGGGAAAGUCAAGUUCGACCAUUUAUGCCAUUGCGUUAUUAGCCUCGGGACAAAGCUCUACAAUAACAGGCACUUACGCUGGACAAUACAUCAUGCAGGGUUUCUUGGAUUUGAAGAUGAGAAAAUGGCUUAGGAACCUAAUGACUAGAUGCAUUGCCAUUUUACCCAGUCUCUUUGUCUCAAUUAUAGGUGGAUCAUCCGGGGCAAGCCGAUUAAUCAUCAUUGCAUCGAUGAUAUUGUCAUUUGAGCUCCCAUUUGCACUUAUCCCACUUCUUAAAUUCAGCAGCAGUAACCCCAAGAUGGGACCGCACAAGAACUCAAUUUAUAUAAUUGUCAUCUCGUGGACUCUGGGAUUGAUGAUCAUUGGAAUCAAUGUGUAUUAUCUGAGCACAGAAUUCGUGGGCUGGCUGACUCAUAACAAUCUGCCCAAAGUUGGAAAUGUGAUUAUCGGGAUCAUAGUCUUUCCUUUGAUGGCAAUAUAUAUUCUUGCUAUCAUCUACCUAACCUUUAGAAAAGACACUGCUGUGACAUACAUUGACCCAGUGAAGAAUGAUCCAAAUCUUGAGGCUAACAAGGAAAAUGGGCAAGGAAAAUCUAACCAGGAAAUGGCAUUGGGUCGGGUACCUUACAGAGAGGAUUUAGCUGAUGUCCCACUGCCAUAGUAGAGGGACAAAUCAAGUGCACCGGUAGCCAUCAUCAUUUUCAUCAGUGAAUUAUGAGAUUGAGCUUGGUUAUUAGAGCAGCUAAGGGUUACUGGGUUCCCUGUUCCAUAUCCACGUAUAUCAUGCCUUGUAGGCAGGCUUUUAUCACUCACGCCACUAGCCUUUCCAGCUCACUUAUCGCUUUACUUUUCCAAAGACCACCACUGCAAGACUCCUUUACAGAAAAAGGAAAUUACUGUAUAAUUUCCAUGAGAUGUUCAGGACUUCAGGUUGUCAAUCCACGUUUUAUACCUAUGUAGUUAAAGUACUCGCUACCCUCA